AUGACGGCGGUACUAUCGCAAGAUCAGGAGCACACUCCUCUGCAGUCGUACGUCGGAUUCGACUCGAUCACCAAACAGAUCGAGUCGAAACUGCUCAAGCGCGGCUUCCAGUUUAACGUCAUGGUCGUGGGUCAGACGGGACUGGGCAAAUCGACGCUCAUCAACACGCUGUUUGCAGCGCAUCUGAUCGAUACCAAGGGACGAUUCGCAGCGGAUGAGGUGAUUCGCCAGACCACCGAGAUCCACCCGGUUUCGCACGUGAUUGUGGAAAACGGUGUGAGGCUUCGACUGAACAUCGUCGACACCCCUGGCUACGGCGACCAGGUGAACAACGACAAUUGCUGGGACCCUAUCAUCAAGUACAUCAAGGAUCAACAUUCGGCUUACCUCCGAAAGGAGCUCACCGCGAUGCGCGAUAGGUACAUUGUCGAUACGCGCAUUCACUGCUGUCUCUUCUUCAUCAACCCGACGGGUCAUGGAUUGCGCCCGAUCGACGUCACGGUGAUGAAGAAGUUGAGCGAUGUGGUCAACGUGGUUCCGGUGAUCGCCAAGUCGGACUCGCUCACUAUGGACGAACGCGAUCUGUUCAAGGAACGAAUCCGUGCCGAGAUGCAGUACAACAACAUCCGCGUCUACCCGUUCGAUAACGAAGACUACGAGGAAGAGGAACGCGAGCUGAACGAGCGCAUGCGUACACUCAUCCCGUUUGCCGUCGUCGGCAGCGAACGCUCGGUCGUCAUCGACGGUAAACAGGUCAGGGGCAGGAAGAACCGGUACGGUGUCGUCAAUGUCGAAAACGAAAGCCACUGCGAGUUUGUACACCUCCGAAACUUUUUGACCAGAACGCACCUGCAGGACCUCAUCGAAACCACCGCACAGAUCCACUACGAGGCCUUUAGAAGCAAACAGCUCCUCGCCCUGAAGGAGAGCAGUUCCAAACAGCAGGCGGCCCAGCAACAGCAGCCUCCCACUCAGCAUUGA